CGGGCCCCGCCGCGGGGAGGGGGGGGUUCGGGGAGGGAGGGCGUCAGUGCCGCGGGGUACCGGGCUCAGCCUGAUUUACGGCUCUGCUGAAAACCGCUUCCUCCGAGCCGCAGCCGAGCCUCCACCCGGCCGCCGCCGCCGCAGCAACAAGUCUGGAUUUUUAGAGUAAUGCAACAGAAGGCUUUUGAGGAAAAUCGAUACCCCUGGCAGGAGUCAUUUGAAAAUGUCGCGGUGUGCCUCCCCUUCCGCUGCCCACGGUGUGGAGACCAUACCCGCUUCAGAAGCUUGUCGUCCUUGAGGGCCCAUCUGGAGUUCAACCACAGUUAUGAAGAGAGGAGCCUCAUGACAAAAUGCAGCCUCUUCUCUCCCCUCAAGGACCCAGACCUGAUCACAUCGUCGGAACCCCUGAAAUUGGGGAGCGGCGGCCGAGCGGUCAGGCAGAAAUCGAGCUAUGUGAACUUGUGUAACCUGUCCCGAGAAAACCUAAAGGACAGGAAGUCCCUCCAGGUGGUGGCCGAGAGGCCUGUGUCUUUCGUGCCCGUCUACACUUCCAUUGACUCCUUGGGUGGCCCACGGUCCAGCCCUGGGCUUCCCUCCACGGAUGCCAAAGCUUCCUUUGAGGCCCACGUGAGGGAAAAGUUCAAUCGGAUGGUCGAGGCAGUGGACAAGACCAUCGAGAAGAGGAUCGACAAACUGACCAAAGAGCUCGCGCAAAAGACUGCGGAACUGUUGGAAGUCCGGGCAGCUUUUGUGCAGCUAACUCAGAAAAAACAGGAAGUGCAGAGGCGAGAGAGGGCUUUGAAUCGGCAGGUGGACGUGGCGGUGGAGAUGAUAGCAGUGCUGAGACAACGGCUUACCGAGUCUGAGGAGGAGCUGCUCCGGAAAGAAGAAGAAGUUGUCACGUUCAACCAUUUUGAAGCGGCCGCCGAGAAGGAAGUCCAGGGAAAAGCCAGACUACAGAAUUUCAUCGAGAACCUGUUACAACGGGUCGACUUAGCUGAGAAGCAGCUAGAGUAUUAUCAAAGCCAGCAGGUCUCAGGCCAUGGCAAGGCUACCAGUGAGCACUUGUUUACAGACAUCGCCUCCAAUAGGAAAUCCAAAUGCCUGUGCCGAGGGGGCCCACACCCUGCAUGCCACAACCCUGACCUCAAGGCCCACUUCCACCCAAAGGGAAGGAAUUCCCUGAAGAAAGCCAAGGAUGAACGAGGGAGUGCGCAGUCAUCGAGGUUUGUCCAUGACCUUGCCGAUUCCCCGAGAGAACUCUGGAGACCUCUGAAGAAAGGCGAACCUCUGGGUGCAGCCAGGAAAGUCAACGUUAAGGCCAAAAUGGUCAAAAAAAAGCCACUGGCCAUUGUGAAUAUUAUCUGAAGAGAGUGGGGGGUCACUGAGCUGCAGGUCCUGGGCUUUGGGGAAGGGAAAGCAACUUGAUCAAAGAACCACUUGGCCAGUCAUCCUGUAGUACCUUGAUUAACUUUGUGUGAACAGGAAAACCUCAGUUAACUAGUCCUCUAUCAACCAGAGCAUUAAGUUACCCACCUCUGAGGAUCGAAUCACUUUAGAGGAAAAUCACUAAAAUAAAAACAAACAAACUCAUAUUAAUGCCCCAAACCCCUCCUCUCAGUAUAUGCUUGAAGACUCUUAACCAUUCCACCUAAUCCCCACCCUCUUCUAAGUAUCCAGUGCUAAUCAGUGAUUACUGAUUUUCUGUACCCAAGGCAGUCUUAACCAUCAGUGGAAUAUUCAGUUAUACUCCCUGAUUUACUAAGAAAAAAAGUGAAUUUUAUAAAGUAUUUUUUUCUCUAACAAGAAAGAUUGGGCCAACAAAAAAGUGAUACUACCUUCUAACUUUAUAGGAAUCACU